AGUCGGUAGUCCUCGCGUGUGUCGUAGUCUGUCCUCGAUAGACAGAGCCGUAGCCUCCCGCCAUAGAGGUCUGGCCUUGGUUCCCUUGCAGUCCGUGCCCGUUCCAUCUGGUGAUGAGAGUGGUCUUCGCUCCCCGUGCUUGACAUCUGAGAUCUGAGUCCUGGUUUUCGCAUUUUCACAUUUUUUUGCUCUGGUCUACUUUUCGACUUCUCUUGGUUUCUGGUCCCCGAAUUUCAAAUUCAUGUCUAUAGAACCUGUCCCGCUCUUCUAUGGUGACUAUAGUGGCAAUGAGGAACCGUCUACGUGGUUCACAGAAUUCCAGCUCUCCCUUCCAACAACAUGGACCGACACUCAGCGUGUCCGGCGCUUCUCUAUGCAACUCGUGCCCGGACAAAUGGCAGACCAGUGGUUCCAGUCACUCAACUCAGUCCAAACUGCCACAUUUGCGGCACUCACGAUAGCUUUUUUCAAACGGUGGCCACUUCUGAAACCGCCCAAGUUAUCUCGUGCGCAGCAGAGAGAGCGCGUGGCUGCGCAUGCACUGAAAGAGGGUGAUAUUGGAGCAUUGGCGCCCAACGGCAACUUUGCGCAUGUUGUAUGGGCAACUGAGAUCUCGCAACUUGCUUUAUGGGAGAUUUAA